AUGGCUAUGGCUAGACUUCAUCCCUCCUUUUCACUCCUCGCAUUUUGCUUCCUUUGUUCCGUUGCAGGUGUGUUUUCUGCGACGUUUACGUUAGUGAACCAGUGCAGCUACACCGUUUGGCCCGGGAUAUUGUCCGGCGCGGGAACUCCUCAACUCUCCACCACCGGUUUCCCGCUAAACCCGGGACAAUCAACUUCCGUUUCCGUCCCCGCAGGAUGGUCAGGCCGCUUAUGGGGCCGGACGCUUUGCAGUCAAGACCCCACCACGGGGAAGUUUACCUGCAUCACGGGGGAUUGCGGGUCCGGGACUGUAGAAUGCGCAGGAGGAGCAGCUCCGCCGGCUACUCUGGCCGAGUUUACUCUGAAUGGGGCUGGUGGGCUCGACUUCUAUGACGUCAGCCUCGUGGACGGAUACAAUCUGCCCAUGCUGGUGGUCCCACAAGGUGGGUCCGGAGGAAACUGUACGACCGCGGGCUGCGUCAGUGAUCUCAACGGCGGGUGUCCGUCGGAGCUGAAGGUGAUGAGCAGCAGCGGCAGCGUGGCCUGCAAAAGCGCAUGUGAGGCGUUCGGAGAUCCUCAGUACUGCUGCAGCGGCGCGUACGGGAAUCCUCAGACUUGCCAGCCAACUUCUUAUUCAGAGUAUUUCAAGAGUGCGUGUCCGCGCGCUUACAGCUACGCCUACGAUGACGGGACCAGCACUUUCACUUGUGCUUCCGCCGAUUACAUCAUCAGUUUUUGCCCAACUCCAGCUGCCAGCAAGAAGUCAGCUGGAUCUGAGACUGCCGGGGCAGGCGACGUUUCAUUGUUCACAAGCGGCAGUGAUUCUUUAAUCUUGGGUCGGCGAUGGCGGCUGAUCAUAACCAGUUUUACUAUCACUCUCUUGCUGCUGCUGCUGGUUACCCUUCGGCACUUUUAAGCCGUCCCGCCCAUAUCUGGGGAUUAAAAAAAAAACACACAUAAAAGAGUAUUCCAUUUCAGAUCGAUGCAGCCUUUGACUGAUUAAGAGCCCUUUCAUUCGAUUAUGGACCAGGUGGGAUAUAGAGGCCCACAAGAUUUUUUGUACGACUUGAGACAAAAAAAUUUGGAGAAAAAUCAAGUGGGGUUCUUGACUAAUUCCAGGCUUUCCAGCUGCCAGCUGCCGUGUUCUGAUUUCGGGCAUUAUGUUAGGCCUGAGUCCGGCCGAGAUAAAUUGAAAAUUGUAGAAUUGUUGCAUUGAUGUGAAUGUGGCAUGGUGCGGGGGAUUCUUUUCCCACAAGAUGCUAGGAGGAGGAAGGAGAUAGAUACAAGCAAGCAAGCAAGCAAGAAGAUGGCCGACUGGAAUGGGAACAUACUACUGAUUCAUGUUUGGUCACCAUUCUUCACGCCUGAAUGAAGAAACAUUGAAAGAGACCCUCCAAUCCAAGACGACGACCUCAUGCCGCCGUAGUUGAUUAUUUAAUGCAAUUUGGUUUGAAAUUUGCUAUGUACAAUUAUUAUAAUAGUGCUUACUAGUAUGCAUUAGAUGAGAGGCUUG